AGACUUUCUCUCUGCGUGUAAUCCCAACUCCUGUCUCUAUCCCUGCUGAAGGAUGAAUCCACUUUCUAUUCUUCUUUCCACUGCCAAGAAUUUGUCCUAGUUUUUACUUUGUAUAUCAGCAUCACACAACGCUGCUAGUUCUCGACAAUGAGUGGUGGAUCAACUAGCUUCUCUUGUUCCUUUUCUUCCUUCAGCUAUGGAUGGACCUAUGAUGUUUUCAUCAGUUUCAGGGGCACCGAUACUCGCCAUGGUUUCACCGGUCAUCUCUACAGUGCACUCUCUCACAGGGGAAUCCGCACCUUCAUAGACGAUCAGGACCUUCAAAGAGGGCACGAGAUCACACCCUCUCUUCUCAAGGCAAUCCAAGAAUCCAGGAUUGCUACCCUUGUCUUCUCUGCAAACUAUGCAUCUUCCUCUUUUUGCUUGGAUGAACUUGCCACCAUCAUCAACUGUGUCAAGUCCAAGGGUAGGUUGGUUUUGCCGGUUUUCUAUGGCGUGGAUCCCAGUGAUGUGAGGCAUCAGAGAGGGGCUUAUGGUGAAGCUCUCGCUACGCAUGAGGAAAGGUUCAAGGAUAAUUUGGACAUUGUGCAUAAUUGGAGGAAUGCUCUUCAUCAAGCUGCUAACUUGUCCGGUUGGCAUUUCAAACAAGGGGAUGGAUAUGAGUACAAGUUUAUUGGAAAGAUUGUGGAAGUCGUCUCAAGAAAUAUUAGACGAGGCGUUUUGCCGGUUGCUGAUUACCCGGUUGGACUGGAGUCCAAGGUGGUGCAAGUAAAUUCCCUUCUGGAGGUUGGAUCUAAUGAUGGAGUCCGUAUGAUUGGGAUCCAUGGAAUUGGUGGAAUAGGUAAGACCACACUUGCUCUAGCUGUAUAUAACUGCAUUGCGGAUCAUUUUGAAGGUUUGUGUUUUCUUCAAAGGGUGAGAGAAAGUUCAAGUAGACAUGGAUUGGUACAUCUUCAGAAUAUCCUUCUUUCAGAAUUAUUAGGUGAGAAUAAAUUUAAAUCAACCAGUGUUCAACAAGGAAUUUCAAUAAUACAGCAUAGGCUCCAGCAAAAGAAGAUACUUCUGAUUUUGGAUGAUGUCGACAGACAGGAGCAAUUGCAAGCUCUUGCUGGAAAUCCUGACUGGUUUGGUCCUGGAAGUAGAGUCAUCAUUACGACGCGGGACACACAUUUGCUCACAUGUCAUGGGGUUGAAAGAUCAUAUGAGUUGGAAGGUUUAAAUUAUGCAGAUGCUGUUGAAUUGCUUAGUUGGAAGGCUUUUAAAACCAUUGAUGUCAGUCCAAGUUAUGUGGAUGUUUUGAAUCAUGCAGUGACUUAUGCUCAUGGACUUCCAUUGGCUUUAGAAGUAAUAGGUUCCAACAUGUUUGGAAAAAGUAUCGGAGAAUGGAAAUCUGCAAUAAAUCAAUAUGAAAGAAUUCCUAAUAAGAACAUCCAUGAGAUACUUAAAGUAAGUUUUGAUGCUUUGGAGGAAGAAGAGAAGAGUGUUUUUCUUGACAUUGCUUGUUGCUUUAGAGGAUAUACAUUAGCAGAAGUUGAAGAUAUACUUCAUGCUCAUCAUGGUGCCUGUAUGAAAUAUCAUAUUGGUGUUUUGGUUGAAAAAUCUCUCAUAAAGAUUCAAGAGCUUGGUGAGAUCACAUUACAUGACCUGAUAGAGCACAUGGGUAAAGAACUUGUCCGACAGGAGUCACCAAAAGUGCUUGGGAAACGUAGCAGGUUAUGGUGGCAUGAAGAUAUAGUUCAAGUUUUGGAAAACAAUCAAGGAACUAGCGAAAUAGAAAUCAUUCAUCUGAAUUUUCCCUCAACCGAGGAUGAAGAAGAAGAAAAAGUAGAAUGGGAUGGGAAGGCAUUCAAGAAGAUGAAAAAUCUCAAAACACUCAUUAUAAAAAAUGGUUAUUUUUCUGAAGGUCCCAGACAUUUUCCAAAUAGUUUAAGAGUUCUGGAAUGGUGGAGAUAUCCUUCUGAAUGCUUACCAUCUAAUUUUCAUCCAAAGAAACUUUCCAUAUUCAAGUUACCGAAUAGUUGCUUCUUAUCGCUCUAUUUGGCUAGCUUAUUGAAGGCAACGAAGUUUGCAACCCUAAAAGUUUUGAAUUUCGACAACAAUAAAUAUUUAACACAGCUACCUGAUAUAUCUGGUCUUCCAAAUCUACAAAAGUUGUCAUUUGAGCAUUGUGAGAAUUUAAUUUCAGUCCACAAUUCAGUUGGUUUCCUGAAACAACUUAAAAGUUUGAGUGCUUAUUGUUGCGGUAAGCUUACAAGUUUUCCGUGCAUCAACUUGCCUUCUCUUGAAGAACUCAGACUUUCAGGAUGCUCAAGUCUUGAGAAUUUUCCUGAAAUACUAGAAAAAAUGGAAAAGAUAACAGGACUUCAUUUGGAGCACACUGGAAUAAAAGCUUUGCCACUUUCGUUUCAUAAGUUUUCUCGGCUGCAGCGGUUGACUUUGAGUGAAAAUAAAUAUUGUAAGAUACCAAGUGCCAUUGUCAUGAUGCCUGAACUGGUUAUGUUGACUUUCACACCACUUGAGAACGACCGGCUAUCGAUAGAGGGUGAAGAAACAGUGAGCUCAAUGGUGUCUUCAAAUGUAGAAUAUCUAAGUAUCUCACGCUGCAAUCUGUCGGAUGAUUUUUUCCCUCUAGGUCUUGCAUGGUUUGCUAAUGUGAAAGAACUAGACCUACGAGGCAAUGAUUUCACAUUUCUUCCUGAAUGCAUCAAAGAAUGUCACUUUCUGAGGAAGCUUAGUGUGGACUAUUGCCCAAAUCUUAAGGAAAUUAGAGGGAUUCCACCAAAUUUGGAACAUUUCUCAGCAAUAGGCUGCAAAUCCUGGACUCCCUCAUGCACGAGCAUGUUAACGAAUCAGGAACUGCAUGAAGCCGGAAACACAAGGUUUGCUUUGCCCGGGUCAAGAAUUCCAGCAUGGUUUGAGCACCACAGCAAGGGAGCAUCAAUUUCUUUCUGGUUUCGCAACAAGUUCCCUGCCAUAGCUCUCUUUCUUGCAAUUGGCCUGACGGAUAAGGACACAGUUUUCGUAAGCCCCGACGUGACCAUCAAUGGCAAGAAAGGUUUUCCUGAAUUCUGGACUGAAAUGGAACAGAUAUUUCUCUUUGAUCUACAGAUGAUACAAUGUGAUUUGGGUGAGACACUUUCAGAAAACGAAUGGAAUCAUGCAGAGAUUUCGUGCACCGCUAGUGAUCAUUUUCUUUUUAUAGGAGAAAAGUUCCCAGUCGAGCCGUUUGCAAAAGAAAUCGGAAUCCAUGUAUUCAGGCAAAAAAGUACUAUGGAGGAUAUUCGAUUCACCGAUCCUUAUAAAAGAAGAAAAUUAGAUGAAGGUCUCUGUAUAUAGUUCAGAUACCAUUCAAAUAUUAUCAACUAAGAUUAACUUACAUUCACUUCCCUUUUAAAAAAUUUCACACCUAUAUUCAGUUAUGUACUAUGUAAUAUAUUAUAAACAAAAAUAUUUAACU